AUGUACAAACUGACAGCUAAGGUGAUCACUAACACACUCAAGCAAGUAGUGGACAAAAUUGUUGGGCCAGCACAAUCAGCUUUCAUCGAAGGAAGGAAUAUCUUAGAUAAUGUGAUUGUGGCGCAUGAACUAGUCAAAGGUUACAACAGAAGAGGAAUAUCCCCUAGAUGUCUAGUGAAAGUAGAUAUCAGGAAAGCUUAUGACACCGUUGAAUGGGAUUUUUUGAGAAUGGUCUUAUUAGAAUUUGGAAUUCCAGUCCAGUUUGUCAAACUCAUCAUGGAGUGUGUUUCAACUGUGAGUUACUCUAUUAUCUUCAAUGGAGGACUCACCCCUAAAUUCCAAGCAAAGAAAGGGCUGCGACAAGGAGACCCUAUGUCACCAUUCCUGUUCGUUUUGACAAUGGAGUAUUUGAACAGAUCCUUGAAACAGCUNCGUUUUAGACAAUGGAUCUCAUGCUUAAAAGCAAAUAUGGAAAAAAGUUCUCUGUACAUAACAGGGGUGGAUCAACAGUUGCAUAAUAAAAUCUAUGAUGAAAUGCACUUUGCAAUGGGAGAGAUUCCUUUCAAAUACCUUGGUGUUCCCUUGUCAUCAAAGAAAAUAACAGUCCAACAAUGUAUGCCACUGAUUUUCUUGAUACCAAAGAAGGUGAUGCAGCUAAUAACAAGUGCCUGUAGAACAUUCUUGUGGACUGGACAAUGUGCAACAUCCAGAAGAGCACUUGUUGCAUGGGAGAGACUAUGUAUGCCAAAAUUAGCAGGGGGCUUGAACAUAAUUGAGUUUCAGACUUGGAAUAAAGCUGCCCUUUCAAAACUGCUAUGGGCUAUCGCAGCAAAGAAAGAUACUCUUUGGGUUCAAUGGAUCCACAGUUUCUAUAUAAAGAGUAGAAACAUCAAUGAGAUGGAGACACCUAAGCAAGCUUGUUGGGUUGUUAAGAAAAUCUUUGAUGCAAGGAAAUGGUAUGGGAGCAAUGACUUGUGCACAGAACUACAACAACUCACUCAUGCUGGGAAGUUCAUGAUCAAGAAAGCUUAUGAUUACCUACUUCCUCAGUACCUACUUCCUGAGUUAUAUGGAAAAAACUCAACAUGA